GCGCCGCGACGCCAUGACGUGCUGACGCCAGGCUGCGCGCGUGUGACGCUCGCUGCGGCCGCCGCCAUGGGCCCCGACGACGCCGGUCACGAGCAGAAGACGCGCCUGAUCGGCGCCGUCAAGAAGGAGGUCAAACAGCUGAUGGAGGAGGCCGUGACGCGUAAGUUCAUCCAUGAGGACUCGGCGUCGAUCACGGCACUGUGCGCGUCCGUGGACGUGUGCCUGUCGCACGGGCUGCGGCGCCGCGCGCUCGGCCUCUUCAAGACCAACUCGACGACAGCGCUGCUGCACAAGAUCGGCCGCAGCUGCGAGGCGGCGGCGCUCAUCUCGCGGCGCCUCCAACAGAUGGAGAGCGCCGAGCCGGGCCGGCGCAGCUCCAGCAGCGGCGAUUCAAGCUCCAAGAUCAACACCAGGCCGCCGGCGCUUCUCAAGCGCACGGCCAGCCAGACGACCACGCGCUACCUCUGGCUGCGACAGGCGCUCUUCGAGAAACAGCUGGCCAACAUUAUCAACUUCCUGGUGCAGAACAGCAACCAGUACUACGAGCGCGACGCGCUCAUCGCCGACCCCGACUUUGGCACGAUAUUGGGCUCGCUGCUGGUCGGACCGUGCGCGCUCGAGUACACGCGCAUGAAGACGCUCGAUCACUUCUGGUCGGACCCGCCGGCCGACGAGCUGGUGCAGCGGGCGCGCAUCUCCACGGCGCCGUACAGCACGCCCAGCACGCCGCCCAGCAGCCGGCGGCCGGGCCUACACUUCAGCAACAGCCGCGCCCGUCCGCUCAGCGUCGACGGCCUGAACGUGUGCGCGCGCGACUAUGUCGAGUCGCUACACCAGAACAACAAGGCGACGCUGCUGUACGGCAAGAAUAACGUGCUGGUGCAGCCGCCGCAGCAGACCGAGCCGCUGCCCGGCUACCUGUCGCUGCACCAGCUGCCUGACAGCCUCAUCAUCAAGUGGACGCCCAACCAGCUGAUGAACGGCUGCCAUCAUGAGUCGGACAGUCCCAGCGAGAAGAGCACGUUCUGGGAGCACGCGCUGCAGGUGCGCGUCGACGAGAUCGUCUACCUGCACUGUCACCAGCAGGCGGACACGGGCGGCACGGUGGUGCUGGUGGCACAUGACGGCGUGCAGCACCCGCCGGUGCUGUUCCCGCGCGGCGGCCACCUGCUAGCGUUCCUCUCCUGCCUGGAGACGGGCCUGCUGCCGCACGGCCAGCUGGACCCGCCGCUCUGGUCGCAGCGCGGCCGUGGCAAGGUGUUCCCGCGGCUUCGGCGGCGCGGCCGCGGCCGGCUCACCGACAGCCCGCCAGCCAUCAGCGAGGACGAGGCCGAGGCGGCCGACUACGUGUUCCGCGUCCUCUACUCGCAGCGGCCGCCGGCCGGCGUCAACAGCCAGGAGCUCAUGUACCCCAACCACAGCCGCUCGGGACCGCUCUCGUGGCGCGGCAGCAAGACCAAGCUCUCGUCAUCCACCAUGUCCACGUCGUCAACAUCGUCGGCCAAGAGCCUCUCCAUCUCAGAGACGGAUACGCCGGCGGCCAACGACGUGUUCCCGGAGCGGCGCGGCGAGGAGCCGGAGCCACCGUCGGCGGCGAAAACCACCGACGGCCAGGUGUCGCCUAGCAUCCAGCUGGUGUGCGACACGAUGCGCCGCCAGAUCCUGACGCGCGCCUUCUACGGCUGGAUGGCGCACUGUCGCCACCUGCGCACUGUGCGCACGCACCUGGCCGGCCUCGUCAGCCCCAACAUGGUGUCGGCGCGCCGGCCGACCGACGCGUCGGCCGGCCUCACGGGCGCGCUCUGGGACGCCUGGGGCGCAGACGGCUCGUGGCAUCAGCCGGACGAAAUCUUCCGGCACGUCUACUACGGCGGCGUGGAUCCGAGCCGCCGCCGACACAUCUGGCCUUUCCUGCUCGGUCACUACGCGUUCGACUCGACGCCGGCGGCGCGCGCCGAGCAGGAUGCGGCGCUGCGCCGGAGUUACGAGAACACCAUGUCCGAGUGGCUGGCCGUGGAGGCGAUCGUGCGACAGCGCGACCGCGAGCUGGCGGCCACCAACAUGGCGCGCUGCUCGCAGAACAGUGUGGCCGCCGAGCCGCCGCUGGACAAGCCCGACCAAGAGCUGGAGACCGACCAGGAAGGCACACAGGAGCCGGAAGCCGACCAGGAGGGCACGCAGGAGCCGGAGACCGACCAGGAGGGAGGACAGGAGCUGGAGGCCGACCUGGAGGACCCACCGGAGUCAGAGCCCCACCAGGCGGGCGACCAGGAGUGGGAGCCGGAGUCCGAGCAGGACAGUAGCCGGCAGAGGGAGCCGAACGGACUGCGCCGCGGCUCGUCGUCGGACGCCGAGCCGCUGCCACCGUCCAUCACCGAGCCGGAGGCGCCGCCGCCGGACGCCGAUGGCGAGCGGCUGCGCGUGGACGAGGCCGCCGAGCCGGGCGCCGGCUCCAACUGCACGUCGCCGGUCAGCAGCAACGGCGGCGUCUACGCCAACGAGCUGCUGGAGAACUUCGGUCUGAAUCUGCACCGCAUCGAGAAGGACGUGCAGCGCUGCGACCGCAACUACUGGUUCUUCACGGCUGACAACCUGGAGAAGCUGCGCAACAUCAUGUGCACGUACGUGUGGGAGCGGCUUGACACCGGCUACAUGCAGGGUAUGUGUGACCUGGUGGCGCCGCUGCUGGUGGUGCUGGAGGACGAGCCCCUGGCCUACAGCUGCUUCUGCCAGCUGAUGCAGCGCAUGAGCGCCAACUUCCCGCAGGGAGGCGCCAUGGACCAGCACCUAGCCAACAUGCGGUCACUCAUCCAGGUGAUGGACAGUGAAAUGUUCGAGCUGAUGCACCAGAACGGCGACUACACGCAUUUCUACUUUUGCUAUCGCUGGUUCCUGCUCGACUUCAAACGCGAGCUGGUGUACGACGAUGUAUUCGCGGCGUGGGAAACCAUCUGGGCGGCCGGCCACCUCGUCUCUCCGCACUUUGUGCUCUUCAUCGCGCUAGCGCUGGUCGAAUACUACCGGGACAUUAUCCUCGACAACAACAUGGACUUCACCGACAUCAUCAAGUUCUUCAACGAGAUGGCCGAGCGGCACGACGCCAAAGCCGUGCUCGGGAUGGCCCGUGAUCUGGUCACGCAGCUGCAGACGCUCAUCGAGAACAAGUAAGCACGCUCGGUCGCGCCCGACCGACCGGUGCCCGGGUGAGGGCGGCGCCCGCUCGGGUCGCCCAUAUCAGCCGCAGCAGGGAGCGGUCGUGCCCUGUCCGCCCCGCCCACGCCAGCUGUUCGUCCGGCGGCAGGGAGGCGCCCGCUGCCGUCCGAUCCGCUCGCUGGUGACCCACUAGUGACGACUGUACACGCCACUGACACGACACGGCCGAGACGACCGACUGCGCGAUGGACUUAUCCCGCUUUUGUUGCCGAGGUGCGCGGUUGCGGCACGCACGUGACGCCAGCCAUCCGCGCGAGCUCGGCGUUUGGGGCAGACCGCGGGCGAACACCACAUUUACUCUGUCAGUGGCAGUGAAUGCUGGGCGAGUUGAGUGGCCUCAGCCGUCUAUGUGCGUGGCGCUACGGUGCCACCGGUACUGGCGAACCGAUUGAGUGGCAGGUUUUUUACCCUAAUUAUUCUUACAAACUCGCAUCUUUCCGAACUUUUAUAUGCACUCCCUCAUGACUGACUAUUCUGGCCUGCCUUCCGGCGCGCAGGUCACUGACUUGUUGCAUCGUGUCGCUACGGGAAUGGCUCUGCGGGCAGGUCGUGUCAGUGUUGGUCGUAGCGCGCGCGCUGUGCCGAAGGUUUGUUACGUCGCCCUGUGAUGCUGUCCAGAGAGCCACCCUCGGCCGCGGCGUCCCGCUUCCGGCGCGCCGAUACUUACUCUGCCCAGCUUCGCGCGGGAUGGAUGUGACCAGAGUGUUGCUGUCCCGUCACGUGGUGUACCUUAGGCGGCCCGAGAAUGGCGCCGCUGAAUAAACAACCGAGAGACUUAUAAAGCACCCAGAGAUUUAGACGCGUUCGGUCGGCCGCAGCCGAGAUGACGACUGGAACACGCCGGUACGCCG